AUUUAAGAGGCGCAAUGCUGAAGUCAUGCGUUGCUCUUUCUUCUCGAGGAAUACUCUGAAAAAAAACCCCAACUCUUAUUUCAUAUUUCAAAGCAUUUGAGCAUGAAAAUUGAAAUCACAUCUAGAAGAUGGAUCACUCCAUCAUCUCCAACUCCACCCCACCUUCAAAGCUUGAAAAUAUCAAGUUUUGACCAGCAUGGUCAGAAUCAUUACGUGCCUAGCUUCUACUUCUACCCAGCUAAUGAAGAAGAAUGUGGCGUAAUCAGCAAUGCAGAGAAAAGUUUGCGGUUACAGAAAUCAUUGUCUGAGGUCUUAACGCUAUAUUAUCCAUUCGCAGGAAGAUAUUCGAGUGAUGAACCCUUAAUUGAAUGCAAUGAUAAGGGAGCCGAGUAUUUGGAAGCCCAAGUAGCUGGCUCUCUCUCUCAACUCCUCAGCGAUGAAGAGCUCGAGACCCAGUUGCAGAAUCACUUUGUUCCACCAAUGUUCGAUCCUAUUAGUAGCCCUCCGCUAGUUGUUCAAUUCAACAGGUUUGAGUGUGGUGGAAUUGCUAUAGGUGUAUCUAUGACACACAAGAUGGUCGAUGCAUUCUCGGCAUUUGGAUUCAUUACGGCAUGGGCAACUGCGUGCCGAAUAGGGAUCGACAAGGCAUGCCCUCCAAGUUUCGAAUUGGGUUCCAUUUUCCCACCAAGAGAUGCAUUUAGAAUCGAGAAUUGGGAACGUAAAGCUACAGCUGCAAAUAAGAUUGUCACAAAAAGGUUUGUGUUUGAUGCUGUAGCAAUAUCAAAUUUGAAAGCUGCUGUUAGUGCCAGCGCUAGAAAUAACAGUUCAGAGUUGCCGAAACAACAAAUCACAAGAGUAAAGGUUGUGGCGGCACUCAUAUGGAGGAGUUGUAUUAGGGUGUCUCAAGCUGUACAUGGCCGAAUGAGACCUUCCAUCUUCAAAGUUCCUAUCAAUCUGCGAGGAAAGACAAACCUUCCUAUACCAGAGAACGCUUGUGGAAACUUUGUAGGUUGGUCAGCUUCCCAUUUUAUGCCCAAUGAUGAGGGCGAGGUGAAAAUUCACGAGUUAGUAAGUCGGAUCCAUGAUGGCAUUGAACAAACUCUCACAAAUUACGCGAAAGCUUCAAGUUCUGAUGAAUUUUUUAUCAUGGUGAUGAACGGCUUUCGAAAGCUAGAUGAAGCAUUGAAGCAAAUUGAACAACAAGAUGUCUAUUUGUUUUCUUGCUGGUGUCGGUUCCCUAUGUAUGAAGCAGAUUUUGGUUGGGGAAAGCCCACUUUGGUGAGUAAAGGUGUGCAGACUCGCAAAGAGAUGAUUUUGUUUUUUGACACGAAAGAUGGUAAUGGAAUUGACGCGUGGGUGAGCUUGGAAGAAAACAACAUGCUUCUUUUUAAACAAGAUCCUGAUCUUUUAGCUUUCACUACCUAAGAACAUCAUCGGUUUCUUCUUCACAUGGUAUAUGUAAUGUUGAUUUGUAUGUCCAGUUUGCGUAACUCGUGUUUGUAGUUGCUUGUGCUCCCUGCCUUUGAAUUUGCUUUGUAUGUCUAAUCAGUUUUUUUUUUCUUUUGUUUUUGCAAUUCUACCAGUACAAUUUUCUUUACUAUAACUAGCUAAUGUUUCUUCUUCAGUUACAUGUGAUGAGUAUUAAAAUUCAAUAUAUUUAGAAAUAAGAUUGGUGUAUUAUAUGUUUAA